AUGGAUCUCAAGCUGUUCGUAUCUAUCUAUCUAUCUAUCUAUCUAUCUAUCAUUCUAUCUAUCUAUCUAUCUAUCUAUCUAUCUAGUUCAGGCUGUUGGUAUCUAUCUAUCUAUCUAUCUAUCUAUCUAUCUAUCUAUGCAUGCUCUCACUCUCUCCCUCCCUUUCUGUAUCUAUUUAAUUUUCUCUGUCUCUUUUUCGCUGUUUUUCGCUCUCUGUUACUCUCAACCUUCCUCCCCUUUUCCCUUAAUAGAGCCCUUCCUCCCCCCUCUCUGUUUCUCAUAAUAUCUCUCUUUCCUCUUAACCACUGUCUCGUUUUUCUUAAUCACUCCCUCUUUCUUUCUAGCUGCUCCUUUAAAUGUCUGCUUCUCACGUCUUUUCUCUCUUUCUCUUCUCUUAAUUUCUACUUCUUACUCCUCUCUCUCUUUCUGUAUCUCCUGAUCUCUCUAUUGUUCUUAACCUCUCUCUCUCUCUCUCUUUCUCAUAAUCAUUACAUCUCUCUAUUUCUCUUCAUAUAUGUCUCCGUUUUUCACAAUCUCUCUGUUUCGCUUAAUCAUGUUGUAUAUCUUAACUCCCUUCUCUCUGUCUUUUUUUCUCUUUUGUAUAUCUCUGUUUUCUUUCUCUUAACGUCUGCGAAAGAAUGA